UUAUUUAUCUAAAAUUUGGACUAAAAAAUAAUUAUAAUAAUAGCUUUUAAAUUAAAGAAAAUUAUAUUCAAUAAAAAUGGGAUUAACCAGUGAUAGUGAAACAGAAAGUGUGGCUAUGAAAUCCAAAAUUGAUGAAAUGGAUUUAGAACCUAUUAUCGUUAACAAAGAUGAGAAUAAUAUUACUCAAAAUAAAAAAAUUUCACACGAUUGUUCUUUUCCUGGUUGUAAGAAAUCUUUUAACAAACCAUCUCGUUUACUUUGGCAUCUUCGUCAACAUACCGGAACAAAACCUCACAAAUGUAAUUUCGAAGGUUGCGAUAAAAGCUAUACAAACUCGUCUCAUUUAAAACGGCAUCAAAAAGUUCAUGAAACUGUUCAUGAAACAGUUGUGUGUGGAAUAUGUCAGUUAACGUUGAAAAAUCGUACCAAUUUGCUAAAACAUCAUCGGCGUGCUCACGAAAACAAAGAUCGUCUCUCUUGCAAAGAAUGUUGCAUAUCUUUUCGUAAAAAAUACAAGUUUGAUGAGCAUAUGAAUCGUUUUCACGAUGGAAAGUUAUUUAAAUGUAAUCAAUGCGACCGAGAGUUUAAGAAUCUUCUUAAAUUAAAAAGACAUGAGAAGGCACAUGAUGUUAAGUAUGAGUGCACCGUAGAAAAUUGCAAAAUGGUAUUUGACACUUACAUGGAAUUUCGACAACAUGCUAAGACUCAUAAAAAAGAGCAUACUUGUGACAAAUGUAACAAGAAAUUUUUACUAAAAUACGAAUUGAAUAAGCAUCUGAAAACACAUGAAGGCAAACUUUUAUCUUGUCCUUACGAAGAUUGUGAUAAAACAUAUGUCCUUUUAAAUCAAUUGAAAGUUCAUAUUAAAACGAAACAUGGAAAUCUUAAAUUCGAGUGUGAUUUGUGUAAAGCAACAUUUCCAUAUAAAAUUACACUAAGGAAGCACGUACAGAGAGUUCAUUUGAAUAUAAAUGUAAGUAAACCGAAAGUUUAUAAAAAAGGUGAAGAAAGAAAAAGACGAAAGGACAUCGGUAAACAAACACGCAGUAUGCCUUCUAUAUUAGCGGGUGUUUUAUUACCACCUUCAGUUGAAAAAAUGGUAAUGAAUCGUGAAACUAAAAUUAAAUUGUCAGAUACAAAUUUUGAAUCUAUAGAAGAUGAUAUGAUAGACAAUCAAGUAUAAUUGAUUAUUCAAACUAUUAGUUUAUAUUUAGUAUUGUAUAAAUAUUAAGUAAUUUUUUUUUUACAAGCAAUAUAUGAUGAAUAUAGUUGCAUCUAUACUUUUUUUUUACUGUAAUUGGUGAAAUAAUAAAAAUAAUUAUUUAAAUAUUUAA